CUCUAGCCGGAAGACGUCUCUAUGGUGGUGUGGGCGGGACUGGUGGAAACAUGGCGGCUCAAGGGAGCGUGGCUGAGCUCCCGGAAUCGGGAGCUUCUCGGCCGUCCGUGUGUCUGUUGGUUUUGGGAAUGGCGGGGUCCGGGAAAACCACCUUUGUACAGAGGCUCACGGGGCACCUGCAUAGCCAAAGCUCUCCGCCUUAUGUGAUUAACCUGGACCCAGCUGUACAUGAAGUUCCCUUUCCUGCCAAUAUUGAUAUUCGUGACACUGUGAAGUAUAAAGAAGUCAUGAAACAAUAUGGACUUGGGCCCAAUGGUGGCAUAGUGACCUCACUGAAUCUCUUUGCUACCAGGUUUGAUCAGGUGAUGAAAUUUAUUGAGAAAGCCCAGAACACUUCCAAAUACGUCUUGAUUGACACACCUGGACAGAUUGAAGUGUUCACCUGGUCAGCUUCUGGGACAAUCAUCACCGAGGCCCUGGCAUCCUCAUUUCCAACAGUAGUUAUCUACGUGAUGGACACAUCGCGAAGUACUAACCCAGUGACCUUCAUGUCCAAUAUGCUGUACGCCUGCAGCAUCCUGUACAAAACCAAGCUGCCUUUCAUUGUAGCCAUGAACAAAACAGACAUCAUCGACCACAGCUUUGCAGUGGAAUGGAUGCAGGAUUUUGAGGCUUUCCAAGAUGCCUUGAAUCAAGAAACUACAUACGUCAGUAACCUCACGCGUUCCAUGAGCCUGGUGUUAGAUGAGUUUUACAGCUCGCUGAGGGUGGUGGGCGUCUCCGCUGUUCUGGGCACCGGCUUCGAUGAGCUUAUGGUGCAGGUGACCAGUGCUGCAGAAGAAUAUGAAAGGGAGUAUCGUCCUGAAUAUGAACGCCUGAAGAAAUCACUGGCCAGUGCACAGAGUCGGCAGCAAAAGGAACAGCUGGAGCGCCUUCGGAAAGACAUGGGCUCUGUAGCCUUGGACGCAGGCACCGCCAAAGAUAGCACAUCUCCUGUGCUGGACCCUUCUGACUUGAUCCUCACUCGAGGGACGUUGGAUGAAGAGGAUGAAGAUGCUGACAGUGACACGGAUGACAUUGAUCACAGAGUUACAGAGGAAAGCCAUGAAGAGCCAGCAUUUCAGAAUUUUAUGCAAGAAUCAAGGGCACAGUACUGGAAGAGAAACAAGAAAUAAACUUUUAGGCAACUUCACUUGUUUCCAGAAGUCCUGAAUUCUGGACCUCAUGUGAAUAAACUGUCCUUACCUCUGAUAGAGGGAUAUGAUGAGCAAUUUUAUCACUGGGGAGUUAACAAGUUACCAUGGUAGAACAUUUGCCUAGCACGCACGAGGCUCUGGGGUGAUCCCUGGCACUGUAAAAGUAUUUUUUUCUUCAGAAUAGCAGUUUCUCUUUUUAGGGAAACCUCAUGACUCAGAUGAAGUUAGGGGAAAGAAGACUCUUGAAGCAAGCAGGAGAUGCCAGUUCUGCCUUGGCCUUUCCCUUGUAUUUAUGCAAGGAAGAUACCUUGACUGCUCUCAGAAGCUGAUACUCCUUCAGGCCCAAAACUUGAAGUUUUACCAUUUGAACUCAAGUACUCUUGCCGCUUCUGGAGUGCAGAGAACUUACUGCCCUGAUGACCAUCUCAUAUCUUGACUAUCGGCUGGAUUCAUAGCAUCUGCCUCUCAGCAUUGUGCCCUUGAGCGGAGUUGCUGUCUUACACAAAGGGAGAGUGGAGAGGUUGGGAUUUAGCUCAGUGGUGCAGUGCCUGCCUGGCAAGCGUGAGGUCCUGAGUUUGAUUCCUGGUGCCACCACCACCACCGCUACCAAAAGAAGAGAGGGGAAACGAGCUUGUCCAGAGUGGCAGUAGGAUCUUCUUGGUGACCAGUCUGUUGGUAUGAAAUGUGUGUCACACUAGGUGGCUCAUCCAAGGACACCAGGUUUGCUGAAGAAAGCGGGCAAGCAUGUGAUUUCUGAGGAAGAAUCCUGUUUAAAUGGUGAUCUGGAUAAAGAGGUUUUAAUUGUAACUUUGUUAUAAGCCUGUCAUGAUUUCAAAUAAAAAAAAUUGUACAAUCACA